GCUUCAAGCUUCCUUGUGCGAACUGCUAGGGAGUGGAACUCCUUACCGGAGUCUGUGUUUCCUGAUGGGUAUAACCUGGGUGUCUUCAAAGCCCGAGUGAAUAGGUUGCUUAUGGGCAGACGUGCUCCAUCGUAGGCCGCAUCAUCACUUACCAUCAGGCGAGAUAGCGGCCAAACGUCGACCCAUCAAAAAUAAAAAAAACAGUUGUGACCAGGGAAUCGAAGCCGUCAUACAGUUUGUUGAGAAGACGUGAAAAAACAAUAUUUUUAAGUGAAAUUAAAGUUCAACCAAGGAAUCGAAGGCGUAAUAAAUCGUUAUGUGGUCGACACUGCUUGCAAUUAUCGCGUUAUGUAUAACGAUAUCUCAUUCUCACGAUGGAUCCCAGAAUCGGAAUAUCGUUAAUUCGAUUACCGGUCAAGAAGACACGAACCGGGUAAGAAGAUUCAUAUCCGCGUUUCAAAACACAGCAAGCCUUAAACGAAGAUAUGUCGCCGGAUAUAAUCAGAACACAACGCAAAAUUACAAUAACGGCAAACCCGGAUAUAAUCCUUAUAACGUGAAUCCAAGUACCGUUAAACCCCUUUACCCUAACCCACCCGGAUAUAAUCAAUACCCGGGUAACUAUCCGGUAUAUCCGUCGCCGAAUCCACAGCAACUACCAACUCCAAACACAUCUUGGCAAAGACCGGCUCAAAACAGUAGCUACCCGGGUUUUAACAAUAAACCUAUCAACACUACGUACCCCGGAUAUUCACAAUACCCAGCUAAUUACUCCGGUUAUCCAGCACCGCAGCAAAAUAACAAUAAGCCAGUAUACCCUACGCCACCCGGUUAUUCUCAAUAUCCGAGUAAUUAUUCUGGCUACCCGGUUCCACAACCACCUAACAGGCUUCCUAACCCAGGAAACUACUCAGGAUACCCAGCGGCUUAUCCACAACCGAGUAACAUGAACCCUCUUUAUCCAACGCUACCCAGUUAUUCACAAAAUCCGGGCAACUAUUCCGGCUACCCAGCGCGGCCGAAUAACAUACCAACAACCAACGCACCUUGGGCGAGACCUGCCCAGAACACAACAAGACCCGGAUAUAGCAAACCGGUUAAUUAUAACAAGUGUAGCAAUAAUUCCACGGCCGGAAAUGACGCGACGAGUAUGGAUGCCUGUUUAAUUAAUGCCGGGUAUUGUCCGAAAGGAAUGAUUCGAAUGGGUGAAAUGUGUUACGAAAACAAAGAUGAUGAAUAUUAAAAAAUCCAAAAUACAAUCAUCAUCCAAUGACUUCUCCAGCCUUUGGCGAGGCGAGAGAGAGUGUCAGACUCUUACUGACUAAAAACUACCCCGUUCCUACUCCUGCUUUUCAAGGCCCGGUUACCCGCUAGGCAGUCCGCAGCUCUGACCAAAGGCCUCUUCUCAUACGGAAAAGGUAUGAGCAUUAAUCACCACGCUUGCCCAAUCCGCAGACUCAUUUCUAUUCCAAAUGUAUUGUUAAGUAUAAAUAAAAUAAAUAUUUUUUUGUA